CCCGAGCACUUCCGGUGACAACUCUGUCAAAUGAUUGGCUGACGAAGGGUCAGCGUAAAUGACGUAGGCUAAACAUGGCGGUCGAACAGAAGUUGAGUGUUGUUGCCAUGUGAAAUUUCUGAAAUGGAAAAGACUCCAAAUGCACGCCCGACAGUGGGUAACAAACCCGCCAAGAAGAACAGUAACAACGCAGAGUUCUCAAACAAGGACGAAGCUAUCUACUGCGUUCUGUGUCGCAGCACAUAUCCGAGACAUGACGUUCAUGAGCAUAUGCAUAGCAUGCUUCAUCACAGAGAGCUGGAGAAUGUGCUGGGCAAGGAUUCUUUUCAUGACUGUCAAGCGUGUGCAGAAUCUGCCAUGGGUUUAAAUGAAUAUGCUCAGCACAUCUCCUCUUCUCAGCACAAAACCAAGUUGAAGAUCAUGAUGUUGAACGGAGUGAAGCCUAUUUCUUUGCACAACACUGUUGGCAAAGAAAUGAUGGCCUACAUCAUGGAGAGAAACAAGUGGCUAAAGUGUCAGAAGAAGAAUGAAACAAAAUCUAACUAUAAGAAAUUGAAAAGAAAGAAGCAGGAAGCUGGUCAGAGUUAUGCAGAAAUGGUUCAGGGAACCAGCGGAAAAAAAAACACAGCUGUGUCCAAAGUAUCCAAACAAGUGGACACCAGGAUACUGAAACAGAUGCAGGAAGAAGGCAAAAACAUUGUGCGUAAGAAUAAAGAGAAUAAAGUGUCCAGUCUGCAAAGACCUCCUCACCAAAAUGAAGAAACUCUGCAGAAUGAAAGUGGAAGAUUAUCUUGUUUGUCAGGAGGGCCUUCGGGUCAAACUUGGCAGCACCCUAAUGUCAGAGACCAGUUUACCCAAUGGACUCAGCAGAUGAGGUAUGAGGACAACUUUCCAGUCAGCAUUUAUGGCACUAAAUGCAAAUUGGAAAACACCCAAGUAGACAAACUUUUUGAUAGACCAAAAGUCACGCAAGAAGAGGCUACUUACCCUCCAGAACAAAAAACAUGGCCUGCUACCAGCCAGAAUGGGCAUUACUACGAGCAAUGUUGUAAUGCAGCAGAUGGUGACUUCACAUGUGAUCACCUUCCUCAGAACGGAGCUCUCAUCUUUGAUCAGAAGGAAAGUCCUGGGUCGUCUAGGGCAGGGCAGAAAGGUUCAGAUUUAACUAGUCCAGCCUCAGAAAACAACACUGCGCCCAUACGGGAUGCCAACGUCAGUGCAAUGCUGCGGCACAUUAGGAGAGCGCUGGGGGUGAGGGAGCCCUGCAGGGCCGAUCGGGAAGCCCGGAGGCAGAGAAGUGACAACGUCACCUCCUACGUGGCUACAUCUGUACAAUCCUCACAGGUCAGCUCCCCUACUCCUACAUCUCAUCCCGGUUCUCAUACUACCAAUGAAACUCCAGCCAGACCAAAGCAGACAACAUUGAAAACGGCACGGGAGGUGACUCAGCGAUUUGAGAAGAUCUCAAGGGUUGCAGGUGACUCAAAUGGAGCAUCAAACAACAGGGAGAAAGAGUCUCAGGUGGCCGUCAAAAGCCAGGCUUUGCUCAGCCAGCAGUUAGGCGGGGCUGCGUCCUCUGACCCAAACAUGAAUAUUACCAGCAAGGUUCGAGUCGCCCGCAAAGCAACAAGGAAUUUGCUAAACUUAUCAGGGGCCCUGAGUAGGCAGAGCUGGACUGACAUGUACAAGGAGAUGAAAAAGAAGAAGCUGGCGAAGGUUAGAGCGGGGAGCAGUAACAGGUUUGGGAUCAAGUUAGUAAAAACAACAGAGAGAACACGCUCAACACAAGCAGAGGAAAGCGACAUGCCUCUGUCCGAGGGCUUUCACUGGGAGUCGUUGCCACACAGCCCCUCGGCUGAACCCUGGACUGCAUUACCUCCUUUUCUCCAGGACACAACAGUCAACAACUCUCACACAGAGACGACGCAGUCAGAUGUCAGAAUGCAGGAGCCUUUGGAGCUGCCUUGUCAGGCACAGGACAACGAUCAGUCAGUCACAGUUGUUCCUGUGAAGGUGGAACCAAAAGUUGAGGGCAAGAGUGGAAAAAAGAGAAGUAGUAGUACUGCCAGCAAGAGGAAGCCCAUCGUGGUAGUGCUUGAUGACAUCUCUGAUGAGCCUCCCAGUGUAAAAAAGAAGAGAACCAAGUCCCACACCGGCCUGGACCAGCUGCUGACGGUGUCUCUGAGGGAGGAGGAGCUGAGCCACUCUAUACAGGAUUUGGACAACUCCCUAAUUCAGGCCCGCAACGCUCUCCAAGCAGCCUACACAGAAGUCCAAAGACUGCUGCUACUGAGACAGCAGUGUACCGCUGAGGUCGACAGUCUAAGAGCCAAGCGCAUUGAGAUCCUCCAGGGAAUGCAAGGUGGAUACACCACCUCCUCAGCAGGGGCUGCUGCUGCUGUUCCACCCAUACUCUCUCCCCUUCCUUCCUCUGCUCCUCUUCCCGCCUCCUCCACCCAGCAAUCACUCUCUACAAACCCCACAUCUUCCAGCACCCAACCUUGCACAACCACUGUUGUCCCUCUGACGCUGCAGUUAAAGCAGGAAAUGUGCAAAAUACCAACAGUCUCAUGUAACCCCAAUACACCUCCCAUAAACCAACCUGUGCAGCUGUUUCCCUCCAAUCUGCUGCCUCCGCUACUGCUCGCAUCCCCACACCAAGCUUCUCCUACAACUGCUGUUACCCCCCUCCAACAUCUCAGUGCAGAUGGCUCCAAACUAGGUAAAACUUCUCCUGAAUCCUCUACCAGGCUGCUGGCUCAACCGGCAAGGGAGGGGUUAAAGGAGUGUGAGAAAACUGAGGGGUUAGUUGGGAAAAAAGAAGAGGAAGCUGAUGCUGCAGGAGAGAAGGGAGGGAAUGUGCAAGCAGCAGAAAGCAGAUCAUCUGCAGCACUAGAUGAGGAUAAAGGGAAUGAGAGCGACGACUCAGUCAGGAGGAUAGAGCCCUCCAACAUAGUGGUCAUAGAUACCGAUGAGUCUGAAAAGGAGGAGGCAGGCUGUAACCUUCCUGUCCACAAAGAGCAUCAAAAGGCUGUCAGCAUGGAGUUCAGCUCUUCUGGCAGAAAGACGAAACGGGAAAAUGACGUGGAUAGGACAGUUGAGCCUGCUGUUAAAGACACCAGCGCCCCUCCUGUUAGAGACACCAGCGCACCCCCUGUUAAAGAUACCAGCGCCUCCCCAGAGUAUAUUGAGGUGUCUGAUGAUGAAGAGCUGUACUUAGGAGCUUUCGAGAAUCACGCUGGCUCCGUCCUCGGUCUCCAAGUGUGCGAGGGACGGUUGUACACAUGUUCGGGGGACAAUACAGCCCGGGCCUACAGUCUGACGAGCAGAAAAUGCCAACUGGUGUUUGAGGGUCACACAAACAAAGUCAACUGUCUGCUGGUAGCAUCCCUCCCAAACACGCCGGCAUGCCUUUACACCGGAUCCAGUGACCAGACCAUCCGCUGUUACAACACGAAGACUAGUGAGUGUCUGGAGCAGAUCACUCUAUCAGACCGGGUGUUGUGUCUGCACGUUGCCUGGAAUAUUUUGUUUGCUGGACUUGCUGAUGGAUCAGUAGCCAGCUAUGACUUGAAGACUCUGAGGGAGUUGGAUGUGUUGGACUGUCACGGCCCGCGCGGUGUGAGCUGUUUGGGCACGGCACAGGAGGGCGCUCGCCGAGUCUUGCUGGUCGGCUCCUACGACAGCACCAUCAGUGUACGAGACGCCAAGAGCGGCUUGCUGCUGCGCUCGCUGGGUGGUCACACCAAAACGGUGCUUUGUAUGAAGGUGGUGAACGAUCUGGUCUUCAGCGGCUCCAGUGACAUGUCUGUUCAUGCCUACAACAUCCAUACAGGUGAGCUGCUUCGUAUCUACAAGGCUCACGGUCAUGCCGUCACAUCUAUCGUCAUCCUGGGGAAAGUGAUGGUGACGGCCUGUCUGGAUCAACUGGUCCGAGUUUAUGAGCUACAGUCCCAGGACCGCCUGCAGGUGUACGGCGGUCACAGUGACAUGGUGAUGUGCAUGGCUGUGCAUAAGAACGUGAUCUAUACAGGCUGUUAUGAUGGUAGUGUUCAAGCUUUGGAGUUCAACUUGAUGAAGAACCACCGCUGCUGGUGGCAGAAUUGCUCUCUGAUCUUCGGCCUGGCGGAGCAUCUCAUGCAGCAUCUUGUUCGAGAUCACAGCAACCCAAAUCUGCAGACAGUGAAAUGUCGCUGGAGGAGCUGCAGCAGUUUUUUCUCCACACAGCUGUCAGUCAGACAGGAGCUGCCUGAUCAUAUGAAGAGCCAUGUGCAGAAGGACAGUGAAGUGCAGCCCGGACCAAGUCUGUAGUUUUCCAAACACAUCAGGUAGUUUUUUUGCAAGAAUUUGUGUUUUUUUUUCAAUGAAUUUCUUUUAACAGGGCAUAGGUCUUGUUUAUACUAUGACAGAGAAGCUAUUCCUACACAGGAUUCAGACACUUCACACUCAGUCAGUUCUGCUCUUAAAUCAUUAUUAACAACUGUUUUCAUAAAAUGUCAUCACCGGUAUUAAUCAGUAUUUAAACUGUGAGGAGAAAAAGGAGAACAUGUUUUUCAUUACAAUAUGUGGUACUUUAAACCUUGCCAGAUAUGUAAUUAGUGUACUGCAGCUUAUUAUUCACAACAUUUCACAACACCUCAGAGGAGCAUAUACAUUGAACAGGUGUGUGUAUGGCUUUGAAGAGGAGGCCAUAUGUUGUCUAAAUCCUGUAAAGUGAAUUGUGUUGUAAUCUCAACAAGCAGUUUUUAAUAUCUACCUGCACAGGAAAGCAUUAUUCUGAGAGUGUUCUGUUUCAUUUUGUAACACUCGUAAUGGAAAGCUAGAAAAAAGAGGAUCUUAAUCCAUCCUUAAAUCCGGGUGCCUUCAAUGGAACUCAACCGCUGACAGUGUAGUCCUGUGGCACGCUUUGCUCGUCGCUACCAUUGUCACCAGCUUCAGAGUGGGGAUACUAAGGUCUGGUGAGCUUCACUUCCUCCCUCCAGACCCUUGUAUAAUUUCUGAUUGCCUCAAGUGAUGUCAGUCAUGUAUCUGACUGCACAGGCAUUCAGAAGCAGAAAAAUGGCUUCAGUAUUCUUUGCAAAGAAGCUUUAAAAUGUGCUUCCAUAACCCUGUAAAAAAAUUGGGACAUGGGUCAUUGAUGGAGUUUCCUUUAAGAGAAUCAACAACCCCAAAAAUGUCCUUUCAUUCCAAAUCUUUGAAUCUGAAUCUUUAAAUUCAGGAAUGUUAAGGGCUUCUUCUCCAAACAAUCAGUGUUUUAGGAUUUAAAAAUCCUUCAUAAGAUUUUUCUAAACUUUAUAUCUAAGAUUGUCCUCCCUUCUGUGCCACAGAGCGACACACACAUUGAUGACAGCUGAAUGAACUGAAAUGUAACCUGCUUGUUCAUUGCUGUGUCAAAGACGGUAAAAGGGGUGCAACUUCUGCAGUUUGAGUCCUCUAAGCUAAUAUUUAGCUAAUAUUUAGCAGUCUUGUCUGUAUAAAUAAUAAACCUUUGGCCUGAUUUUAAACUUUCUUA